AUGUCCAAGCGAAAGCUCAAAAAGUUUGUGUUUAGUGAUGCCACUCUUCAGGCCGAACAAUACGAAGCUCAGCUGGAACUAGCAAUCCAACAGCACGUCCAGUACAUCAACCGUAACAUCCCAAUCCCAUCGAUUGAAACUGGGGUAGUUCCAAUCCCAUCAGUCAAAAUCGAAGGUCUGGGAGAAGAUGACGGGAAAAGUGUCUGGGAACAUCUCAGCGACUUCUCCGAAUUUCGUGACAAGAAAAUGUCCUCCGAUGAGUAUGUCCCAAACCGCCGAAACAUGGAACGAGAUUAUCACCGGUAUGCUAAGCAGGAAAUGAACAGAGCAUUUGAUACCCCCAAACCCAAUUAUGAUCAAAGAUAUAUCGAGAGCUGGGCCAAAUAUGCAAAACCCAGGAAGCACCAGAUGUCUCCCAUUGAAGAGACUGUGAAACGCCCGCGCUUUGAUCACGACCCCCAAGAGCCUGCCCUGGAACCUAUGGCAGAGGCAUUCGAGAAUAAUUGGGGGUUGCUUGGUGGUCCACUGAAAGCUACCAGGAAGCGAAGCUCGACUUCCGCGCCCAAGCAGUCUUGGAAUCAGGCUUUGGCGGGAAAGGAGCCUGACCCGGAUUUCCCUUCUGAGCUUGAAGAUGAUGCCUUCGGAAUGAAGGAGUGGGAGAUCGAGCACAAUGCUCCGGCUUCGGGGUCCCAUAAACCGGCUCUCGAGCCAACGAGUUUGAGUCUUGUACAUACGCUUGAUCAGGCGGAACACUUCGCCAAUCAUGUAGAGCCGAUGAUAAUGUGCUUCUCGCUCGACACCCCGCCACAACUUGACAAAUACUUUAGUCAGGCUCGGGCCGAGGAGGUCGAGAAGAUGAUUGCUGAUGAAAAUAAUGACUUUUGGAACUGA